AUGGGUGGCGGAAUACCCCAAACUAUAAUGACAGAUCAAGCUCCUGUCAUUGCUGCUGCUAUUAGGGAUGUGUUUCCGGGUGUUAGGCACCGUUUGUGUACAUGGCAUCUUGGAGAGAAUUCAAAGAAGAAUAUUGCUACUUUUCCUGAGUUGUUUAGUUAUCUUCUGAAGUACUGUGAUACUGUUGCUGAGUUUGAACAUUAUUGGCCAAGAUUCAUUAAACACUAUAAGUGUGAGAAGAAUGUAUGGUUGAAUAAUUUGUAUGUGAUUAGAGAGCAUUGUUGCCGUGCGUAUUCUAAGGAUUCUUUCUCCGGUGGAGCUUUGUCUUCUCAAAGGAGAGAAUCGACUAAUAAUUCUAUUAAAGAUAGAUGUUAUAUCUGCAUGGCGAAGCAAAGAAAAGAAAAUCACCAUGAUUAUCGUGUAUUGAGGGGCAAUCGGCAUAUGGAUGCUGCCAAUGUAAGUAUACUUGUGCAUGCAAGGAAGGUGUACACUAGUUAUCUAUAUAUGAAGUUUGAGGAGCAAUUUCUGAAAGGAAUUUCAUUGAAUCAGGAACGUACAUUUGAAGAUGCAGAAAAAGUUGUUUAUCUGUUAUGGAAGCCUGCUAUAGCUGAUUUGAUAAGGCAUGAGAUUAUGUUUAACAAAAUUACAUUUGAGUCCAAUUGUACAUGCAAGCAUAUUUAUGAAAGGUGGACGAAAGAAGCUAUGUGCAGUGCUGUUGUGGAUGAACAAUCCUCCAAAGCAAAUGUUGUUCCCGCUUCUGUUUGGAGAUUCCAAACUAUGAGGAAGUUUAUUCGUUUUGUUACAUCUUGUCAAGAUUUCCUUGAAGUUAGAGUAGAAAUCGAUACUGCAUUUGAUUUGUUAAGGCAAAAGGUUGAGACUGUUAGGGGUGCUAUUGAUUUUGCAGAGCCGAUUGAGGGCAUUGAUGUUCCUGGUCACGAUGGAAAGGAUGGUCCAUCCAUUAAAGAUCCAAAAAAGGUGAGACAAACGAGAGGCCUAAGGAUAUUGUUGAGAAGGAGUGUAACAAAAAGAAGGCUUGGAGGAAAUGUGCUGAAAAACAUGCUGAAACUGUUAAAGCUAAAGCGAGUUUUACCUAGUUUUCAGCUAAAAUAUAUCCCCCCAAGUUAA